GGGGCAAGGGCGGCCGCCAUCCCUCACUUUUCGGUCAGAAGGCGCACUGCGGCCCGGCGGAGCGCAGCGCACAGCAGCGCCGCGCGCAGCCGGAGCUCUGGGCCGCAAUGGAAAGUGGCGAGUUUUCCGGUUCAUCCGCGCUGUCCGACGGCCUUGACACACCAGAAUUCUCUGCUCUCUUCGAAGCCCACCGGAAGCCCUUCGUAUUCAAGAUCUUCAACGUGCACGAGUUUGAGGCGCCGGAGGAACCCGAGGAGCCAGAGGAGGCCCAUGAGCAAGACGAGGGCGAUGAGGCUGAUGAGUCCGAUGAGUCCGACGAGACCCCCGAGCCCCACAGUCCCUAUGAACCCCACCAGCCCUGUGAGCCCCACCAGCCCUGUGAGCCCCACCAGCCCUAUGAGCCGCACGAGCCGCAUGCUCCCCGUGCAGCCCAGGAGCCCCACAAACCCUACGAGCCCCAUGCGCCCCGCGAGCUCCGCAAGCUCCACAAGCCCCGAAAGCCCCGCCAAGCCGACCUUCCCAGCACCGCCGUGGUGUUCUCCCCAUCUCUGGUGACCAGAUUCCCGCCACGGAUUCCGCUGCCUUCCCUGAGCGAUCCUGGUCCCCGUGUCUUUGUAAGGAAAAGUUUUUUUUCUAGGAAGAGAAUCCAAGAUCUUUCUAGGCCUAAAAAACAAUGGGGAGCCCCAGAUAGGAAACUGUUUUGGGGGAAUCAAGAUCCUAUUCGCCCUAUUUCCCAGGGUGCUCUGAAGGCUCAGCUGACCAGAAGACUCGAGGACCUUGCCCAGCCGAAGGAAGUCUCCCACCGAUAUGUCCCUAACAGGGCUCAAUAUUACCUCAGCUGCGGUAGAGACUCUGUAAUCUGGCCGAUCCCUCCUGCUGCCCUGUUUAGCCAACCCUCCAAAAGGAUCCAGAAGCUGGCACAGCCCAAAAGAUUCAAGAAAGAGUAUCUAGUGAAUAGGCCCUUCAGUGAUUCCUUCACAAGAGAGUCUCCUCGAGUCUCUGAUCCUUCCCCCCGGAUAUUACGACUCUCAAUAGCCAAAAGCACAAAUCCAAACUAUGUUCCUCCAAAAAUAAUUGAAACCAGGAUUUCAAUUUCUACCCUGACUGCUGUCGCAACUCCAAGAAUUGUAGACCUUGCCCAUCCAAGGAUCAAGUUAGAGGGUCUAUGCUAUGAGAGAGAAAGAAGUGAAAUGCCCAUCCGUCCUGUAUCCCACGCUGCCUUGCUAGCCACACCAAGCCCUCGAAUAGAAGCUCUAGCUAAAGCCAAGCCUCUUCAUCAAGAUUAUUUACCUGCCCGUGAUGCCUACUGGCCGGUGUCUUAUGCUGCUCUCCAUUCCAAAGCGUCUCCAAGAAUUCAAGAACUAGCUAAUCCAAGUACAAGGGCUCCUGUGCGUAUUGUAUAUUACGAUCCAGAUGUCUUUAAAGUCAAGCCAGCUGCUUUGAAAACGCAAUGUUCUCCGAGGAUCCAGGAGUUGGCAGAACCUAUUAUGCGUUAAAUACAGAAAGCCACCUCAGUCAAACCCUAGUUAUGUAUCUAGAAGACGUAGUAGAUGACUUAGUUCCUGACUCUGGUCCUGUCAGUUUGUCUUCCCUCGCCCCCUCAAAAAACAUGAGACUUCAGGGGCCCCACUGUGACGUCAAACAGCAGUUGCUCCUGUUCCCUGUCAUCAUGUGCUUAGCAGGUUUGAGGACUCCAGCAUACAAUAAAAGAGAAAAUGACAGCCUGCCUUCUUCUCCUUCCUGUCUCCUCACAAGCAUCUUGGCCGUCUCAUUGCCGUGACUGACCUGAAGAAACGCUCUUCCUUAUAUUUGCCAGUGAGAUCUGCGUCCCCAGUCGCUGAUCUCUCCUUGGUCCCUUCUCUAAAUCGUAAGAAUUGAAAUCAUUCUUUUUUUUUUUUUAAGAUUUUAUUUUUUCCUUUUUCUCCCC